AAUUAGUUUUUGUGUCUAUCAUUUCUAAAGUGCGUAAAUUCAGUGUAUAGGUUCAACAUGGACAAAACCAAAACAAAAAAGAUCUAACAACAAAAGUUUAAUGCACUGGUGUAUCCAGGAUAAUAAGAAGUCAGAGAAAGUGAAUGCAUUCAACAUAGUCUUAUGUUUGCUGAUAGACAGAUAUACAUGCACAUGUAUAGGAUUUGCUGGGUUCAAGGGAUAUACCACCACCGAAUAAUACCACACUAAAAGAACCUUAUAUUUACGCAAUAUUCUUUAUUUUACGAUACCACCGGUAAUGAAAUGCGCACGGGUCUUUGUAAGAAGUCUGUUAAUGUAAUUGACUCUAUCGAAUAAGUAACAAUGUUGAGUAAACUUUACAAUGCUCUACGAUCGGACGUUCGGACUAGUGGUCUGGAUGGAGAAACAGAACUCGAUGUAAGAUGUGUAUCUUGUUCGAGGAAAGAAAGACUUUUAAAUUUUGCGGAUCUAAAACGAGCAGACCACAUUUGUAUGAAUGGCCAAUACCUCGUUUUUAACUAUGGGGAUAAGCAAGUGUCAGCAUACACGCAUCAUGCAAUUGUUAAGGAUAUUAAUGUUAUCUCUCCUUCCUGUGCUGCUAUUUCUAUAAUACAUUUCUACUCAACACCAUUCGACGUGUCGAUUAAGAUUCGGGAAACUUCAACGCUAUUAGACUUGCAUUUGAACGAAGUUUUCACCAUUCGAUAUAGACAUCCUGCACAUAAUGCCGAAAUUGUUAUAAAACGAGCAGAAGGACUUAUAGAGCAAAACAAACUUGCAAAAUAUUCAAUAUUGUCUUGUAAUUGUGAAUCUUUCUGUAACUGGUGUUGUGUUGGUAGUGAAGAUAGUUAUCAAUCAGAAAAUGCUAGAGAUACUUUACGAGCAGUUCUUGCAGGCAUUGCAAAUGUUGGUGGUAAGGUUCUGCGAGUUGUUUGUAAACUACUCAUGUUGUCAGUUGAGGAUCUGUCAAAGGUUGCUGCAGGAGCUCUUAUUGCUGUACCAUGGGGUGUUCUUGGAAUUAUGGCUUUGCUUUACCUUAUCCACACAAUUUACCGUCAUUAUCAGUUAGAUAAAGCUAUGAAAGCUGGGAACAUCUGUUCUGCUUGUUGUUUGCGCAAAAAGCAUGACCUAUGGAUUCAGUUUGCUGCAUAUUGUGUUUUUCAGGUAGGUGGUCUUGGCUUGUUGUCAUUGGUCAUAGCUGCAGGAGCUAGUUCUGGUAUUGUAUUUGGGGCUUUGGCUGUUUGUAGUGUUUUGACUUUACUAUGCAUUUCGGUAAUUCCGAAGCUCCGACAGUGGUUUUGUUCACCAUUUCAAGGACGAUUACUGAGAGUAAAGAGCCUGGAAACAAUCAGGGAAGGUGAUGUUAUUUCGUUUGAUCAUUGGAAAAUAUCACACGAUGGAGUCGUAAGCGCUAUCAAUAUUUGUCCAAAUACGAGAAAUAAAAGGGGUCAAAUCACCGUGAUACAUUACUCACUUCCGUCUCUCUUUGGUCGUAGAACUAUCGUCGAAGAAACCAUUAAAAUUAAUCUUAGAAAAGAUUUGAUUUUCAGCCACGAUUACUCUGGAUACAAUGUACAUGAACCGCAAGUUGUAGUUCACCGGGCAAAACAGAGGCUUGGUGAAGCAAAAUUUGGUUUAAUGACAAAUCGUUCUUGUCACUUUUGUCACUGGGCUAAAGUAAACGAGGAACUGAAUGUUGAAAAUAUUAUCGUACCGGAAUCAGCAGAGUCCAGGCUGCUGUAUUUGAGAGAGAUUGACCCAAAAGAUACAAUUUCAAACUUGCCUCUUCAAUCUAUACAUGUCGAUCAUAUGAGAGGGAGAAAGCAUGCAUCGAUGUCUCUUGAAAAGAAAUGGGCAAGAAUUAGAGAUGAAAUCAAAGUUGGCCAAAUAGUAGAAUUCAAAUACCGACGUUCCUGGCAUAAAGCUGUCAGUACGAACGUACAUUUUGACAAGCGAAUUUCAGCAAAGGUGAACAUCACUGUCGUCCACUAUGGUAAAAUGGGCAAAGUAUGCGAAGAAAAAUUUACAUUUAACCUCAACGUGGAAGAUGUAUGGGUUUAUAAAUAUCACCCGCUUUACCGUUAUGAAACAAGUGACGUGAUCAGACGUGCACGGGCAAGAAUAGGGGAAGAGAAUUACAAUACAUUUUUCCAUAGAUCUUCACAUCUUGCAAGGGAAAUCGUAGUCAAGGAAAAAGACCCAGUUGUAUUAGAUAUAGAUGAAAUCAAGUUGGGUGACGUAAUUACGUUCUACUACUGGUCUUUUAGGCAUGAUGCAAUAGUAACAAAAGUCAUCCGUGGUGAUUCAAAAGCCAACACCACUGGCGUUUUGAGGAUAAUUCACUAUGCUUUGAAGGAUCUUUUUGCAGUCCGGACCGUUAGUGAAGAACCUAUGCCUAUUGAUUUGAGGAAAUGUCUUGUUUAUAAGAAAAGUUUCGAUGGAUAUGUAACAUAUCCGGCAGAUAUUGCUGUAAAACGAGCUCGUUCAAGACUUCAUGAGCAGCGAUUCUCCAUCAAUGGAAACACAUCGUCAGAUCUUGUCCAUUGGGCUAAAGUAGUUCAAAACCCAAUAGUUGUUUCGAAGUCAAAAGAUGACAUGGCGCUUUUUUCUGGUAUUCCGAAAGACCCAUACCUUCUUGUACCGAAAGCAGGUAUUCAAUGUGAGGAGUUUCAGUACUUUCGCGCUAACUCUUGGUCUGAUUUGUACCCAGGUGUUAUAGUGGAAUAUUUGUAUUACUUAAUCUGGCACCAAGGUAUUCUUUCCUACAAAGACGAGAGUACAAAGACUAUCAAGGUGAUUCACUAUGGUGCAGACCACCUUUUUGCUACUCGAACAAUAAUGGAGGAUACAAUGAAGCUAGACUUGAGGUAUGAUAACAUUUGGAUAUACAGAGGGCACCCAAGACGGUGUUAUAAAGCAGGAGUUGUGCUUGAAAAUGCCAGGAAACGUCUUGGAGAGCAAAGAUGGGAACGUGGAAAUAGAUCUUGGGACUUCUGUAAAGAUUGUGUGCUUAAGAAAACGAGUCAGGAAGUGUAGAUAAUCGUCGGAAGAAAUGUCACACUUGUUAGGUGUCCUCAAUGUUGUAACAUAUUUGGCAUUGUAAAUUUCAGCUCCUUUUUCAUUAUUUUUGGUCUAUGAUGUGAGUCAGUAAUAUAAUUGUCUUAUGAUGGUAAGCAAGUUCCAUUCAGAAAAAUCACAUAAUUUGAUUAAUUGAAGUUUAUUCUUAUUGUUUGUAGGAAAACAAUCAGAAAUGCCUUUUUUCUAUCUAUUUACACAUAAAAAGACAGAACAGAGGUUGUCUUGUUGAAAAUUAUGAAAAUGUCUUUAAAAGCACAUGGGUAUUUCUGUAAGGAUUGUAUGCAUGGAAAGAGGUUAGUGUUGUAAAGUGUAUAUACAUGUAUGUUACCUAAACGUUUACGUCGUUCUUGUUUUGAAGCUUUGGAAUUGUUGUAUAUUUAGUAUUGUUAGUUUAUGUAGUCUGGAAAAAAACGCUGUGUGCCAGUGAUUGCCUGUUUGGCAGUAUUUGAAAUUUAACGCAUACUAUGCUAAUUGAGAUUCUGGGUAGAACAAAUAAAUAGAUCUCUGUCUUGACCUUCCUACAAAUACAAAUUAAUUUCUGUUGUUAUGUUUCGUUUCUGUGGAAUGUACAUUUGUAUAAACUGUUGGUAAUUGUUUAAUACUGUCCGUAAACAUUUUGCUGGUCGAACCCUUUGUCAAACAAAUGACCAGAACUAUUUCAAUUACGUGUUGUACAUUUGAUGGCAUUAAAUUAUUUUUAUGUAAGGUAUACAUUUUUUUUGAAUUUAUUUUAUUAUUUGCUUUGAAUUUAUUAUACAUAGCUUUGAGUUUAUGAUAUUUUAUGGCAUUGAGAUUAUGAUAAAUGGAUAUACAAUUGAUAUAUCAAAAGCGCUUCUAAGUCAUCUAUUGUUGAUUUUUGUAAUUGUUUACUUUAAAUGUAUAAGAUAUAUUACAGCAGCUUUGAAUUUAUAAUAAUGUUAAGUAUUUACUGUUAUGUUGUGUAGCCGUGAGAUGUCAAAAAGAUGGUACACCGUUAAAGAAUAUGUGAUACAUUGAAAGCAGUAUAUCACCUUGUCAAAAUAGUUAUAUCCUGUGUUGAGUUGUUAUCAAUUGUUGCUUUUAGUCAGACUUUAUUGAUAUUAUUAUUAUUGUUCUUUCAUAUACUUUUCAUAACCCGUCUAUUUUUCAAUUAUUUUGAUCACAUGUACUAAUUAACUAAUGUUAAGUUGUGUUAAGUUCAGUUUGUCAUCCAUGGAAAUGAUUAUACAGUUUUUCAAUUCUUAACAUGAUCUGAAUUUUAAAAUUAGACUAUGAAAUACCCUGUUGAGAUUACGUUAUUGUAUGCGGUAAACUACUUGUAUAUGUUUGAUAUAGUAAAGUCAUUAGUAAAUAAUUGUCCUUUAGCAAACAUUGUGUUAGAAAACAUCUUUAUUAAACACGUCUGAGGAGCAAAAUUGGGAGACAAAAAUUUUGUUGUUAAUACAUGUUGUUCUAGAUAGGUCAAAUUUCUGGUGAAGUUUUUCUUUUGGAAUAAAUGAUAUUUUUGUGUUGCUUAACAGAGGGUCACUUCGCAGAGAUUGCACUGUAUAUUAUAUUCCUUGAACUUAUUUUAUAAUUGGAUUUUUCGUUUAGGAAAUUAUUGAAUUAUUUAUAAAAAUUGUUCAAUAUAUUCAUUUUCCAUUUCGAUAUUUGCCAAUAAAUCAAUACAUUUUAUUUUCAAAGUUUAUUGUACUUUUGAAUAAAAGAAAUGUACUGGUAAAAUACGUAUUUAUAAAUAUUUUAAUCAGUUAUUUACAAAUGCAUUUCCAGUUUCAGAUGAUUUAUAAUAAAUCAUUUGUCAGUCAUAAGUUGUAUGACUGUAUUCGUAGUUGUGAAGUGUGUUAAAGUGUGUUUUUUUCUCACAUUUUAUCGCUGUUUGACAGCAGUUGUAUUUUUUUUCUUUGUUACGUAGGAGUUUAUUUUUUUUAUAGAACAUUAUGAAUUGGCACCAGGACGCUUCCGUAAGAUUUUCAUAUAUCUACAUUAUCGGCUGAAAUGAAUGUUAUAAAGCACAGCUAUUAAAUUGGUUAUAAGUCAUAAUUUAAUGAAUCAUUUUAUCUAUAUUGAAAAACUUACGCUAUCACAUGUAUCAAAUGUUUAGACAAGUUUGAUAUAAAGCAUAUUGAGUAAUUAAGGAACACAUUUAUUUUUAUUCUAAUAUUCUUUAUUUUGUUGGUAAAAGUUAAAUUAACCAAAUAAACUAACCUUUGAAGUACACUAUUUUUUACGGAUUUCCUUUUUUGUUAAAAAUUGUACAAUGUUAAAGCACAAAAUUGCAUAAACAUUGUUUGAUAUUAUUGCUGAUAUGAUCUUACACUAUAUUUAAGUGUUCUGUAAUAAACAGAUAUGUAUAAUAUUUUACUAUCUCAUUUUAUUGACAUUUCUAUUAUUUUAGUGAUAUCUUCAUUGUUUAGAUUUGAAUAAUUUGCUUUUGCUUUAUAAUUAAAUAGAUAAAAGUU